GGUUUUUUGAAGCAUUUAUGCUUCUGUGGCGCCAUUCGCUCGUGGAAUUGUGGGUUUCGUGGCUUAGUUACGACAUGUCAGGCAAGAAAGGAAAGAAGGGGAAGUCCAAGGCUAUAGUUCUCUCCUUGGGGGAGUUCCUUGCUAGUGACAGCAUCCCUGACAGCACCAUAGUCAGUGCACCACGUCACGAUGAUGAUGAUGAUGAGUAUUCACAAAGAGCCAUUGUGCUCCCAACCUGUCCACGCAUGGCCCGGGGACCGCAUGUGGAUCCUGACAAAAUCCCAACCUCCCCACCCUUCACAUGCCACGUUGCCAACCUGCCUUUCGAGGCAGAUGAAACAGAUAUUAGAAAAUUUUUCAACAACCUAAAUGUAAUUGGCGUGAGGCUGCCGAUGGACAGAGAUGGAGGCAGGAGUAAAGGUUACGGUUAUGUGGAAUUUGCAACACAGUCAGACCUCAUAGAAGCUUUUGGAAAGCAUGAAGAGAUGAUCCGCAACCGCAAAAUUAGGAUAGAUCUUCCUGGUGGGGAGGCUGCAGCGGCUUCAGAGAGAGGGGGUGGCCGCGAUGGCUACAGACGCGAGGGAGGAGGACGAUAUGGCGACCGUGACGGGCGGGGCGAUGAUCGCGGCGAGAGAAGUCAGGGCGUCUCAGACUGGCGCUCUGCUCCUUCAUCGGGCCCUGAGGAAGGGGGUCGCUAUGGCGGUGGCGGUGGUGGUGGUUCUGGUGGGCGCUUUGACGAUGACAAGCGCGGACCAUCACGGGCUGACGAUGAGCCCUGGCGGAGGGGCGGUCCAGCCCCGAGCUCUGGGGGCUCCUCGGGUUUCGAGGACCGCGAUCGGCGAGGGGGUGGAGGUGGUGGUUUUGGAGAUCGCCGUGGUGGUGGCGGUGGAGGUUUUGAAGACCGCCGUGGUGGCGGUGGUGGUGGUUUUGAAGACCGCCGAGGUGGUGGUGGGUUUGAAGACCGCCGAGGUGGUGGAUAUGAUGAUCGUCGAGGCGGCUACAGCCGGCCGGACGACAGGGAUUCGGCAAAAGAAAGACCCAAGCUGGUGCUCAAGCCGCGGUCCGUGCCCGAGGGUUCUGAGGGCGCAGCAGCAACGCAGAGCAGCAGGCCUGAAGCGCCAUCAGCUUCAGCUUCAAUUUUCGGUGCUGCUAAACCCGUCAACACUGCGUCCAAAGAGCUGGAGAUAGAAAACAAAAUAUCUCAUAAAUCUCCGACGUUGUCAAGGAGCGAUGUUCCCAAAGCCACAAAUGCGGACAUUUUUGGUGCAGCAAAACCAGUUGACACAGCGGCACGGGAAAUGGCUAUAGAGGAAAAACUUUCCGGCAAACGCUCACCAAACAUACCGAAAAAGGAAGUGACCCCCAAACCAGCUGCUGCUGACAUAUUCGGAGCAGCGAAGCCUGUAGACACGCUGUCCCGUGAACUGGAGAUCGAGAAGAAGCUGAGCCAACAGCCACUCGUUGCAGAAAGUUCCCGCGGGGGAGUUGGGGGAGGCGAUGCUUGGCGCGACCGAGGAGGUCGUGACGGAGACAGAGGAGGAAGAGAUAGUGACCGUGGUGGAAGAGAUAGUGACCGUGGUGGAAGAAAUAGCGAUCGUGGUGGUGGAAGAGACGGCGAUCGUGGGGGCGGUGGUCGUUACAACGAACGCAGGGAUGGUCGUGGUGAUACACGAGGAGGUUACGACAGGGACGGCGGUAACAGCCGCGGUCGCGAGCGCAACCGCAAUUACGACGACGAUUCCCGCGGUUAUGAUCGCCGCCCUUACGAUCGAGAUGACCGUUACCCUGACCGUGACGGUCAAGAUUACGAGCAUGCAGACGUGGCACCUAGCAAAGACGACAGGGCGUACCGCAAUGGACGUGUGGACGGCGGCCACGUGGAGCAUAGUGACAGUAAUGGUGUUGAUCGCGACGCUAGGAAACCGCGCGCUCAAGCCCCGAAGGUCGAAAGGCCCGAGGGAUACGAUAGUGAUGAAGAGCGUUUCUUGAAAGCUCAGCCUAAGAACGAUGAACCCCAGUUGUUGAGCGUGACAAACAAAUUCAGUACGCUGGACUUUGAAGAGGACAUGCCUUGAUGUUGCCAUAUCUUAGGGUGAUGUUAAAUUGAUGAGACGACCUCUUCCAAGAAGUGCUGUCUCGUCCUUUUAUCUGGUCUUGGCUCAAGUCUACCGAAGAUGCCAGAGCGCUUUGUGAUCUUUUGUCACUUGCCAUCAUUUUCUACUGAUAUCAUUGCUAGUUCCUCCACCAUGUCUUCAUUAAUCACAGUUGAAAUUUUUUGUUGUGUAAUAAGAUUGCAAAUUUACAGCGCUAGUUUUUAUAUGGUGUCUGCGGGAAUUGUACGGAGUGAGGGGUAUCACUGGAAAAAUAGUGCAGUAGUUGCUUGGCUGGUACGAAGGGCGCUUUCUUUUUCAUGAUUGUAUUUUCUACUAUAGAUUCUCCGGUUCUUUCUCAUUGUGGUAAUAGGCUGAUUUGCGUGCAUGGUGUGUGUUCCAAUAUUUAGGUGAUGUAGACUUUGUAUGUUUGAUUAAUGUGAGAACUUGACUUUUCUGAUGCAAUUACGUCUAUAGCAGUUAUUGAUGUUAAAGUUCAAUAGGAAAGUGAUUGCAAUUUAUUCUAACUGCGCAAUAAUUGUUUCUAUGCUGCAGUUAGUUCAUAAACAAUCCUCCGUCAAUUUACCCCAGAUUUACUUGUGACGCAAUUGAAUUAAAUUCCUUCUCCUAAUUUUGUUAAUUAUCCGGAUGCCCAAUUUUUUUAUUCCUGAUCACCGUAUUAAAUUUAGAGUAUGGAAUGGUAUCGAAUUAUCAUCUGGAAAACGUAAUUGCAAAACAAGACCUGUUGUUACGUUGUUACUGACAGCUGUUUGUCUCGAGCUUUAUGACAAUUAUAGGUUUUGUUGACGGUUUUAAACAGAUUCCGCUCUUAUUAGUAGAUUGAUUAAGCAUCAUUGAUACGCGCCUCCCGUUACCAUUAUCACGCUCCUCCAGUUGAUUGGAAUCUUGCUGUAGAUCACAAGCAGAGAAUUCAAAAAUCGAAUGUCGCUGUCAAUAGUCAUGCACGUGAAAACUUUCUCCAUUUGAGUUUAUCUGGAAUCAGGUUGUGUCUGCCUUGGUUAGUUAUUGCUUGGGUUUAGUCAAAGUAAAUUGUUAUGGCUCAUAUAAUUUACCAUGUUAUAUAUAAUGGCGUUCAGCUAUUGAGCAACAUUUUCGUAAUCUUUUGUGAUGUGAAUCUUAUCCAGUCUCUCUGUUCGUGUAAGUUCUGUUGUACGUCUUCCCUUCACUCAUACGCUAAUUGUAGACUAUGAGCUCUCGUCGUGGUGAAUGUGGGCUUCAGUGAUAAAAGAAUUUGUUUUUAUAAGAGUUUCCAAUAAAGUGGACCUUGUUCGUCAUCGUGUGUACACUAUAAGAGACGUAAAAGAAAAUUUCGGUUUCGGAAACCCCAGUUUCCUACUUCUUUCAAAUUUCGUGGGAUUAUUAUUGACUGCGCUUAAUGAAAGCCUGUUCUUGGAAGACAAUUUGUACUGGGGUGAUAAUGAAGCAAGUUCUUGCAUGCUGCUGUGCUUCCAGAAGGCCUGCGAGAACCUGUAAUAAGUUUUAAACAUGAUGGGUAAUUACUCUCUCUUGAAAAUGCCAAUGGUACUUUCUAUGUUGCGCUUGUGGGAGACUGAAAUAUUGGGUUACCCUACUUGAACGUUUAUUAAAAUAAUAGAUAUGUUCGAAAGUAUGUGAAUUUAACCUGGAGUAACUAUGUGUUUCGGGUGAUGGUGGAAGUUAGCAACGAAUUGACGUUUAUAUGAUCUAUGAUAUCGUAUGUUCUUACUCUUGACCUUGACUGUACAUGACGACAUCAUGCCGGUUUUGCCUACCAUGAACGCAAGGCAGGGAUAUUUUUAUUCCUCGUGUGAUUGCGAGGUACCCCAAAUCUGUUAAUCUGGACCAAAAUUUGCAGUAUUUUCAAUUUAUGAGUGAUUCACAAGGGUUGUUUAUUGAAGCGUUGAUGUCUUUGAAUUGCUUUCAAUUGCAUAAUGUGAAUCCUAUAUUUUGUAAACUACGGCUGAAUUUUGUAUUUAAAUGUCAACUUGACCUUUCUGACUGGCAGUGAUCAUCAAUUUGCAGUUCUAUGUUAGGCCAUUUCGUGCCUGACUGCUGAAUGCAACUGUAAAAAGUGGGAGCUCUGAGUUCAUUUUCGUAUUGUAAAGUUAAGACAAUUGGAAUAAAAUGUGAGUCCUUGUA